AGACACCAGGCACUAUAUUGCCUACCCGCUUGGUGUCAAGUGGACCAUCCACAGUCUUCGGAGUUGAGCUUUUUCCGUCAAUUAUUUUUUUUAAAUAUAUUGAUUACAUUAUUUUGUUAAUUUUUGACCCCAUCUGACUCCUUUCAAAUCGUGAAUUUACAACUGUCAGAGGCGUUUUUUGUUGUGGCUUUCAUCCGCACCACCACAGCCUGUAUCGACCUUCAAUUUUAUCAGCGAGGCUUGAAUUUUACUUAUUUAUUAUACACGGUUUUAUUAUCUUAUUUUUUUCCUCAAUAUAUGAUUGUUUAGCUACAGUGGCGGCAAGAAUGGGACUUUGGUUUCGCUGCUUCUUGCUGCUUUCCCUUUUAACUCUGUCAGCCUGUACGGAUUUCCUCCUGGAUGUUAACAAAGCCUCCGGACGGACACUUUUACGAGAUUCGAACCGAGCCAAGCAAUCCUCGUUCGCCCGUUGGCGUCACGGUGUGAGGAAAAGGAGCGCCCCGGCGGACGCCUCUUGCGACGCUCUUAAAGGAUAUGAGGCCAAGUUGGCCAACAACACGCACCGUCAUACUUUCAAUGACCUGAGUGGAUCAGUGUCACUGGCUUGGGUUGGAGAUGGCACGGGGGUCAUCCUAGCUUUGACCACAUUUCAGGUUCCCUUCUUUAUGAUCAACCUCGGACAAUCUAAACUCUAUCGAAGCGAGGACUACGGUAAAUCCUUCGAGGAUGUCACUGACCUCAUUAACAACACCUUCAUUCGAUCAGAGUUUGGCAUUGCUACUGGCCCUGAGAAUUCUGGAAAAGUUAUCUUGACUGGCGAAGUGUCCGGUUCUCACCGCUCUCGGGUCUUUGUCUCAAGCGACUUUGGAAAGACUUUCACCCACCAGGAGCUGCCCUUCAACCAACACUCGGUCCUCUCGUACAAUCCUGAGAAUUCCAACGUGCUGCUGGGCCUCAGCGACAAAAAAGAGCUAUGGCUGACUGAAGAUUUCGGCCGCAAUUGGAAAAAGAUCUACAACAACUCUGUGUGCUUGGUGAAAUGGGGGACGGAAAAUACCAUCUUUUUUUCUGCCAUUCGCAAUGGAUCCUGUAAUGAUCACGGAGCACUGGAACUCAUGAGGACGACUAAUUUCGGGAAAACUAUCAAGACCGUCGCUACUAAGAUCUACUCCUUCGGCCUCGGCGGUCGCUUCCUGUUUGCUUCUGUGAUGACGGGCAAGGCCACUGAGAGGAUGCUCCAUGUGUCGGUGGACCAAGGCGAAACUUGGAACAUGGCCCAAUUGCCUGCCAUCGGUCUCGAGCAGUUCUAUUCCAUCUUGGGAGCGAGCGAUGAUAUGGUUUUCAUGCACGUGGAUGAGCCAGAAGAUGAUGGCCUCGGCACCAUUUACGUCUCAGAUGACCGGGGCACCGUCUUCUCCAAGUCACUGGAGAACCACCUUUACACCACCACAGGAGGCGAGACUGACUUCACCAACAUCACCUCCCUGCGAGGAGUUUUUACCACCAGUGUCCUGGAUAAAGACAAGACUGUGAGGUCUGUCGUGACCCGUGACAUGGGAGGGGAGUGGACUUACUUGCAUAAGCCUGCCAACAGCAAGUGUGACUCGCAAAAGUGCCAUCUCCACAUCCAUGCGUCAUACAGUACCGCAUUGAAGCUCAAUGUCCCUAUGCUGCCCUUGAGCGAACCAAAUGCUGUGGGCUUAAUAUUAGCUCAUGGGAGUGUCGGCGAUUCCGUCUCUGCGAUGACCCCCGACGUCUUUGUGUCUGAUGACGGAGGCUAUACGUGGAUGAAGGCACUGGACGGCCCGCAUCAUUAUGCCAUUCUGGACUCGGGUGGGCUGCUCGUAGCUGUGGAGCACAGCCCAGAUGAACCGGUGGACAAGAUCAAAUUCUCUACGGAUGAAGGACAGUGCUGGCACACGUACACAUUCACUGAGGAGCCUAUCAUCUUCACCGGCCUGGCGUCGGAACCGGGCGCCCGCUCCAUGAACGUCAGCAUCUGGGGCUACAAAAGCGGCAUCCUCAGCCAGCAUUGGGUCUCCAUUACUAUCGACUUUCGGGAUCUCCUCACUAGAGACUGUGCUGAUGCCGAUUACGUGCAGUGGUUGGCCCACUCGGAUAACAUCAGCGACCCCAACAACGGCUGCAUCCUGGGCUACAAGGAAACAUUCCUGCGUCUCCGUAAGGAUUCUGUUUGCUGGAACGGACGAGAUUAUUUGGUCAGCACGCAGCCGACGCCUUGCCCAUGCACUUUGGACGACUUCCUUUGCGACUUUGGAUUUUACCGCAAAGAGAAUAGCUCCGAGUGUGUGGAGGAGCCAGACAUGAAAGGCAAAGUGCUGGAGUUCUGUCUGCACGGUCGAGAGGAACAACUGCGGACUAAAGGCUACAGGAAAAUCCCCGGUGAUAAAUGUGAGAGAGGUACGAUUCCUGAGCGCAAUGAGAUUGACCUGAGUGUGCAUUGUGUGAGUGAUCUGCUCAACCCGGAGAUCCAGAAACAAGGCCACCACUCCUCUACAGCUCUCGUCGUUGUGAUAACGAUAAUAAUCAUGCUACUGAGCAUCGCCGCCGGAGUCGUCUUCAUCAAGAAAUACGUCUGUGGUGGCAGGUUCUUGGUCCACAGAUACUCAGUGCUGCAGCAACACGCCAACGAAAACACAGCAGAGCGCGUGGAUGACAGGUUGGACGACCAACUGGAGAGCAACCACCGCGUCAACGGAAAGAUCGACUUUCACGACGACUCUGAUGAGGACUUGUUGCAGUAGCAGCUAAAAUCAGUCAAAUCAUCUAUUCUGGAGGAAUUUCCGGCUUCGCACUUUAGCGAACAGACACUCCUACCAUUGCACUUCUUCCUUUGGCUUGAACUUUGUUCUGGUGUCACUCGACUAUCUUCUUCCUAACUCUAACGAAUGUACAUGCUCAGAGGUGAGGAGAAAUUGAUGCGGAAGGAAAUGCAUAAGAUUUUUUACUUUUCAAGCAAGAAGCACAACUCUGAGGUUCCAUUUGAUAGCAAUAAGAUGUACGUACUUAUUUCCAUGCAUGUCAGUAGCGUCCAUGAUGUAAAUAUAGCUCCAGAUGCUAUGCUUGAUAAGUGAAAGAUGAAAAAAUAUUCAAGGCAAAAUUUCUAUCCAAGUUGGACCACAAGCCUCAAAGUUUCUCAUAAUGGUCUCUAAGGUCGGCACAUUUAACAAAAUAUGUGUGACUCUGAAUAGGACUUUCUUUUCCCAAACGUAAACUGGUUUUAUUCAAAUAGAGCUGCUCACGUAAAGCUGGACUAUGAAACACUCGGAAAUGACAAAUAAUUUGGCGGCUAACCAGUUGUCGGCUAGCGCAGAGAGCUAACGCAGCAGUCUACAUCUCAUGUCGGACGUGACAAACAAACCAGGCAGACCGACCAUCUUUUAGCAUGGCACAACUUGAAGGCAGUACUGUAUUUGCAGUUUUAAUAGCACAAAACAAAGCUUGUUUGUCAUGAUUUCAACAGUUUUGUACUCAAAAACAAAUUGCUAGGCAGCUCAUUGGUGGCUACAACAUGAGUUGGGAUAUCAUCCAUGGAUUUUGUGUAGGUAAUUAGUCAUGACAGACAACAUGAGCAAUUUAAUUUUGGAAAUGUUGUAAAACAAGAUGUGUAAAUAAGUUUGUUUUCCUUUUACCUUUAAUGUAAGUUUAUACCGUAAAUUAAUAUAUUGGUACUAUUGAUACAGUUGGCUAGAAUAUGAAGUCUUGAAGGAUGCGCGUUUCUUUUCGCAAGAUUAAAGUGAGUGUCCGGGUGUCUUGGUAGCAACUCUCCACUAUUCUAAGACUAAUCAAUGAGAGCAGAACUAUCUAAAUUAGUUACACUGUGACAUCACAAUCAAACUAUUUUUUGAAGGGCUCAGUUGCAAACACAUUUGGAAAUAAUCAGCUAACAAAACUUUAAUUUGACAGUUGAUGGGUGGGCAAGCACUCCAGACACUAUUUGUAUACAUAAUGUUUAAAUAGUCAAUGUAUGUAAUGUCCCAUUGAAAUGUUUUUUUUGUUCCUUCUCCUUGAGGCAUUUGCACUUCUCUCAUACCUUUUUUCUAUUUAUUUGUGCUUUGCAUGUUCAGAGUGCAGUUAAUGUGGUGUGGAUCUUAUUUGGAUUUAUUUUUGCCUAUUGGCUGGUCAUUUUUUAACAUUCAGGCUUUUUUUGGAUUACCAUGAUUUGGAUAACUCCAAAUCUACACAAACGUAAACAUUUUUUAGCGAAGAAAUUAUUUCUAAUAUUGAGACAGCGAGUUACAAAUGACUGAGGUGAUGCGAUUAGGCCAAAAUGAUAUGCGAUGCAAUUGCAUUCUUCUCGUGAUCUAUAAAUGAGGUAUGAUUUUUUUUUAAAAGUUAAUUGUAAAUAUGCAAUCUUUGUAUCUGCUGUUUGUAUCUUUUCAGACAAUUUUAUCUUUGGGUUUGCCAAUAAAUUUCUGUUGUUCCUCUA